AUGACAGGGUUGAUGAAAAAGUAUGGUAUCAUUCACAAAGUGGCCAUGGCAUACCACCCCCAAAUGAAUGGCCAAGCUGAAGUCUCCAAUCGGGAAAUCAAGCGCAUACUGGAAAAGAUUGUAAAGCCUCAUAGGAGGGAUUGGAGUUCCAAGCUCGGCGAUGCGCUUUGGGCCUACUGGACGGCUUACAAGACGCCGAUUGGAUUUGGGGUUGGAGUCGAAAGGAAGUUACAGUUCGUGGAGCUUGAGUGCCUUAGAUUGGAAGCCUAUGAGAAUUCAAGGCUUUACAAAGAGAGAAUGAAGGCGGUGCAUGAUAGAAAUAUCAAAAGGAGAGAGUUUAGGGCUGGGGAGCUAGUCCUCCUCUAUAAUUCUAGAUUGAGAUUGAUGCCAGGAAAGUUAAGAUCAAGGUGGGAAGGUCCUUAUAGAGUAGAGAAAGCUGAGCCAUAUGGGGUCUACCACCUGCGCCACCCUUCAAGCCCCAAUAUCUUCAAGGUUAAUGGUCAUCGUCUUAAGCUUUACCAUGGAGAGAAGAUGAAAAGCAACAAAGAGGUUGAGGUAUUCCUUCUUGAGGAUGCACCCAAAGGCGAAGAGAUUUGA